CGCUCCCAUGGAAUAAUAACAUAAUUUGCAUAAAAACUGAAUGAAAAUGGCAUUUUAUCGUUUUAAUAUUUUGUAAUAUUUAGAAAAACAUGAAAUAACAGAAGAAAAAUCGAAAAUGGAAAUAGCACGUGCCGUAUUUGGCACGAGAGACACAGAGGGAUACAGUAGUAAAGCCACAGCUGCUGAAACUCUAUCAGAAGAUGAAGAUGAUGAGAUUAAGACAUGUACGGGGGACGGCAUCAGUAUAUCAGCUACACCAGCAGUUACCAAUGAGUCUGGCUUUACUCCUACCCCUGGGGGCCCUUUCUCAGCCCUCACACCCUCUAUGUGGCCCCAGGAUAUCAUGUCAAAACUUGGAAACACGCCUGAAGAUAGCCAUGGCCAGUUAGAUUAUAGAUAUGAUGAAUUUGGUUUUAAAGUAGAAGAAGAAGAUGGCCCUGAAGAAAAUUCCAGUAUUUUAUUAAGUACUCCGUUUGUUGAAGAUCCGCAAUAUCGUUUGAAAUGGACGGCAUAUUUAGAAUUUACACAUAAUAAUGAAGUGGGUGAUCUGACCUGGGAUAAGGUUGAAGCUCAUCUACCAAGAUCUGAGAAGUUACGUGGAAUGGUGAAAAAUGGAAUUCCUCAUUCGUUACGAAGUCAAAUGUGGAUGAGAUUAUCUGGGGCGUUACACAAGAAAUUAAAUUCUGAGUUAUCUUAUAAAGAUGUUGUUAAAGCUAGUGCCAAUGAUCAUCUUAUGACUUCUAAACAAAUUGAAAAGGAUCUGUUACGUACAAUGCCGAGUAAUGCCUGUUUCUGUAAUAUUAACAGUACAGGGAUACCACGGUUACGGAGGAUAUUACGAGGAUUAGCAUGGUUGUAUCCUGAUAUAGGAUAUUGUCAAGGCACUGGUGUGAUAGCAGCUUCAUUGUUACUGUUUAAUGAAGAAGAGGAUGCGUACUGGAUAAUGUGUGCUAUUAUAGAAGAUUUAUUACCAGCCUCUUAUUAUUCCAAUACUCUUAUUGGUAUUCAGGCUGAUCAGAGAGUUUUACGUCAAUUGUUAAUUAGUUUUCUACCGAAUGUUGAUCUUGUAUUGAAGGAACAUGAUAUAGAGCUUUCACUAAUAAGUUUACACUGGUUUUUAACGCUGUUUGCCAGUGUGGUUCAUAUGAGAGUGUUAUUACGUUUGUGGGAUUUGUUUUUCUAUGAAGGAUCGGUUGUGAUAUUUCAAAUAACGAUGGGCAUGUUAAAACUCAAGGAAGAGGAGUUAGAAAGUUUAGAUAACUCGGCUCAGAUAUUUAACGCUCUGUCUGAUGUACCUGGUGAUGUUGAAGAUGUAGAGGCUUUGAUAGAGGUUGCUUUCCGAGUGGCUGGUUCUCUAUCAGAUGUUGUAGUCGAUACUCAUCGUAGAAAGCAUCUAGCCUAUCUAAUGGCUGAUCAAGGUGCAUUGGUUAACCCUGAAUCUUCUCGUAAUCUUCCAAAACAACAACUAAACAAACGACAUUUAAAAAGAGCACGGUCCUCAUUAUCUAUAUUACUAUGGGGUAGCGAGGAUGAUGAUUUUGGGAAAGCAAAGAAUAUUCAUCAGACUGAAUUAUUGGUAGAUUUACGUGAAGCGAUAUUACAAGUCGCUAGACAUUUCCAGUCUCUAGAUCCUAAAAACAAUAAAGUUAUUUUAACAGCAGACUAUACUAUGGAUAGUCAUGUAAAAGAUCUAGAGAACUACGUAAAUGUGGCUCGAACCAGGCGUAGAAGGGCCAAGGCAUUAUUAGAUUUUGAGAGAAAUGACGAUGAUGAAUUAGGAUUCAGAAAAAAUGAUAUAAUUACUAUAAUCUCUCAGAAAGAUGAACAUUGUUGGAUCGGGGAGUUAAACGGGUUACGAGGCUGGUUUCCAGCAAAGUUCGUCGAGCUACUGGAUGAAAGAAGUAAGAAUUAUUCUCAAGCUGGUGAUGACACGAUAACCGAGGCUAUCACAGAUAUCGUCAGGGGAACACUAUGUCCAGCUAUUAAAGCAGUAUUUGAACAUGGAUUAAAGAGAUCCAAUCUACUAGGUAGUAACUGUCAUCCUUGGCUUUUUAUUGAAGAGGCAGCCACAAGAGAAGUUGAGAAAGAUUUUCAGAGUGUAUAUUCUAGAUUAGUUCUAUGUAAAACUUACAGAUUAGAUGAAGAUGGCAAGGUUUUAACACCAGAAGAAGUCAUGUAUAGGGCAGUACAAGCAGUCAAUAUAUCCCAUGAUGCAGUUCAUGCACAAAUGGACGUCAAAUUCCGGUCACUCAUUUGUUGUGGCCUCAAUGAACAAGUAUUACAUUUAUGGUUAGAAACAUUAUGUUCAUGUGUAGAAAUCGUGGAGAAAUGGUACCAUCCUUGGUCGUUUAUUAGAAGUCCUGGUUGGGUGCAAAUCAAAUGUGAACUCAGAAUUCUCGCUCAAUUCUCUUUCACCCUGUCUACGAACUGGGAGUUACCAAGGAAACGUGGACCACCUGACAGUCUCCGUGAAGGAGUACGCGACAUGCUCAUAAAACAUCAUUUGUUUAGUUGGGAUUUAUAA